AUGGCUACCGCAGAGUACAUCGGAGCGCUCAUCUCGCUCGUCUCCAAGUCCGACAUCAGGUACCAGGGACUUCUCGCCUCGAUCAAUCCGAACGAAGCGACCAUCGCGCUCGAAAAGGUGCGAUCGUGGGGCACCGAAGGUCGAGUCGCUGCGCAGGGACGACCGCAAGAAGAGAUCCCACCUAGCGACCAUGUGUACGACUACAUCAUGUUCCGUGCUGCCGACGUCAAGGAUCUCAAGAUCGACGAUCCGAACCCACCCAAGCAGCAGCCUGCACCGCCGCAACCUGCUCUCAACGACCCGGCUAUCCUCGGCGGUCCUGGCGCAGGUGGCCGCUACGGUGUGAUGCCACCUCCACCGGCAUCGUUUGGAGGUGCGCCUUUCCCCGGCGCACCUGCCUCCACCGGUCCCCCUGCUCAGUUCAACAACGGCCCACAGCAAUCGUCAGCAGCUCGCUCUCAAAAUAAAUCCGCUUCGCCCGCCGCAACCAAACCUUCGACAUCACCAUCUGGGGCCUCGCCAGCUCAACCAGUUGAAAAGUCGAGCGCGGACAAGGUGCUGGAAGAAAUGUCCAAACUGAGCGUCUCCAAGCCAGCCUCCACAUCGCAAGCAACCACAUCGCCCUCGACGCUUCCUUCUGCGGUACCGGGACUUCCUGCCAUCCCCCACGCUGCAGCUGCGGCCGCCAAGGCUGCGGCGGCACAGCGUCCGCCGCACGCGAGCAACGGCAACGGUGGUGUCCGGGGAAGUGCAGCACGCGAAGGUAGGGCGCAGAGGGAUGUGGGAGGACCUAGCAUGCCGAACAAGGAGUUCGACUUUGAAUCUGCCAAUGCCAAGUUUCAGAAGCACAGCGAGGCGGGAGAAGGGGCGACGAAUGGGGAUGCUUCGAAUUCAGGUGCUGGGUUGUUGGAUUCGAUCCCUCCGGCGGGCGAGAAGGAGUUCUACGAUAAGAGUGGAUUCUUCGAUAACAUCUCGAGCGAGGUCAAGGAGAGCCUCACCCUUGGCCUUGGUCCACGCAUCCUUUGCCUCCUGCUCGAUCCUACCCACAUCCGGCGCGCCGUUCUUGCCCCACUUCUGCACCCUAUCCGUGACCAACCCUACGGCACCGCCCAACCCCGCCCCUCCCAUCAACCCAUUGAUCAGCCCGACCUUCCCGAGCAGCACCGCCGGCAACACCAGUGCACCGACGACGCUUCCGAUCAGAUGCAGGUCGUCCUGCCUCACCCUGCUGGCGUCCAACCUGAGACCGCUGGUUUUUGCGGUUAG